AUGGCUGCUGAGAGUCUCUCUGGGGAUCAGGGUGGCUGGGGGCGUACUGGAGUCCUCUGGGAGCAGGAUUUUAGAAUUCUUGGUGAAGACAGGAAUAGUUUGGCUGAACAUGGCAACGUCAGUUUUGCCAGAGCAUGGGCGUCCCGAGAGUUCAAGCAGUAUGUUUUUGACAGCAAUAGUGAAGAACUGGAAGACUGGUUAAUUAACAUACAAAAAUGGAGUAUUUACCAGUGGAGCUUUUACCAGAUUCGUGCAUCUAUGAAAAUUCCUCCAAGAAUUCCACACAAAUUAGAAGCUAGCUUGUUACAUGCAACGGGUGCAGAUCUUGCCUUUCCUGCUUCAGUCCAUGACAAUAUAGUUUGCAGUAAAACAUUUCAGAUUCUUUACAAAAAUGAGGAAGUUUCUGUGAAUGAUGUGAUGAUUUUCAAAAUAAAAAUGCUGUUAGAUGAGAGGAAGAUUGAGGAGUCUCUUAAUGAAAUGAAUUUUCUGCUAACAUUAGAUCUACACUUCACGGAUACAGACUAUUCACCAGAUGACCUGAGCACACUACAGCCAAUUAGUAGCCGAACUUUAAAGUUGCACUUUAACUUACACCGGGGCCUUCAUCAUUACGUCAAUGUUAUGUUUGAUUACUUCCACCUUUCUGUCAUAUCAGUUAUAGUCCAUGCUUCUUUGGUUGCUCUGCAUCAGCCGUUGAUAAGUUUUCCUCGCCCAGUGAAGAAUACAUGGUUGAACAGGAAUGCACCAGCACAAAACAGGGACUCUGUGAUUCCUUCUCUUGAAAGCGUGGUCUUUGGCAAUAACUACACAAAACAGUUAUCAGCAGAUGGAUGCAGUUUUGUUGUUUCAGAGUCUUUCCUCAGCCAUGCCUAUAAUUUCCACUAUACGCUUUGUGCUAGUUUGCUGCUUGCUUUCAAAGGGUUACACAGCUAUUUCAUUAUGAUAACAAAGGAGCUCCCCUCUACUCACCGAAUUGAACUGGAAAACAUAGAUGUAGAAGUUCGUCUUACAGAAUUGUGUGAAGAAGUAAAGAAAAUGGAAAACCCUGAUGAACUGGCAGAACUUAUAAAUAUGAAUCUUGCUCAGCUUUGCUCACUUCUAAUGGCUCUCUGGGGGCAAUUUCUGGAGGUCAUUACCUUACAAGAGGAGGUCACAGCAUUGCUCGCACAAGAGCAUCACACAUUAAGA